AGUGUUAGGUAGGUUGUUUCUUCUUCCCUAAAAAAACAAAAGUUAGGUUAUUUCUUUUAAAACAAAAUUGUUUCCAACUUGCAUAUCAAGGUUGUUUCUUCCCUAACAGCAUUAUAGAAUUUCACAUGGCUCAUCUUAUUCUUGAUCCAGUGAUGACAAAUUCAACUGGAUUCAUACUGCUUCUCGUUUUUUUGUUUGGUGUUACAAUUUUAGUUCAUGCACAACAACAAACAGGCUUCAUAAGCAUUGAUUGUGGUGGUCCAGAAAAUUUUGAGUACACAGACGAGGACACUAAAAUAAAAUACGUCACUGAUGGAUCUUACAUACAAACAGGAGUUAACAAAAACAUUUCUUCUGACUAUGCAUACCCAAAAAAUCCUAAUCUACCAUAUCCACUCUCAGAUCUCAGAAGUUUUCCUCAUGGAAACCGGAACUGUUACCGAUUAAUUGCCGGAACAAAAGGCAGUUUACAUUUAAUAAGAGCUUCUUUCUUGUAUGGAAACUAUGACGGCGAAAACAAACUGCCUGAAUUUGAUCUCUAUGUUGGUGUAAAUUUCUGGUCAUCAGUGAAAUUUAAGAAUGCUUCAGAACAAGUUGCAUUGGAAACAAUCAGCAUGGCAACAUCAGAAGAAACAAAUGUGUGCCUUGUGAAUAAAGGAAAAGGAAUUCCUUUUAUCUCAGCAUUGGAACUUAGACCAAUUGAUAACUCUAUUUAUAAAACUGAGUUUGGUGAUUCUGCUUCAUUGUUACUUUUCAAAAGAUGGGACAUUGGUUCAUUUAAUGGAAGUGGUAGAUAUCAAGAUGAUGUUUAUGAUAGAAUUUGGUUUCCUCUUAAAUCCUCUUCAUGGAAAUCUAUAAGCACUUCUUCAAAAAUAGAUGUUAGUGGAGAUGGCUAUAAACCACCAUUUGAAGUUAUUAGGAAUGCUGCUACACCAAGGAAUGAGAAUGAUAGUUUGGAAUUUUCUUGGAUUUCAGAUGAUCGAAAUUUGAAAUUCAAUGUCUACUUGUACUUUGCAGAAGUGGAGAAACUUAACAAAACUCAGUUGAGAGAAUUCGACGUAUCUUGGAAUGGUUCUCCUUUGAUUAAAUCAAUAAUACCAAGAUACUUGCAAGCAACCACUGUGUUUAAUUCGAAGUCGUUGGUCGCAAAUGAACAUCGAAUUUCAAUACAAAAAACUGAAGAUUCAACUCUUCCACCUAUACUUAAUGCAGUGGAGAUUUAUGUAGUAAGACAACUUGAUGCACUUCCAACAUCUGAAGAAGAUGCUGAAGCUAUAAGGAGUGUAAAAGAUAGUUAUAGAGUUCAAAGAAAUUGGGUUGGUGAUCCAUGUGAACCAAAGAACUACACUUGGAAGGGCAUAAAAUGCAACUCCAGCACUUCACUUUCUCCAAGAAUUGUAUCACUGAAUCUGAGCAGAAGUGGUCUGAGUGGAAACAUAGAUCCUGCCAUUGCCAGUUUGUCUUUCUUGGAAACUUUGGAUUUAUGCAACAAUAGCUUAACUGGAUCAAUACCUCAGUUUUUGGAAGAAUUGAAAUCCCUUAAAUAUUUGGAUUUGAGGGGCAACCAACUUUCAGGUUUUGUCUCUACCACUCUCUUAGAGAGAUCAAGGAAUGGAUUACUUACUUUGAGGGUGGAUGAUAUAAAUCUCUCUGACUCAAAUAAAAGUGACACAAACAAGGCAAUUGUUCCCAUUGUUGCAACACUAUCAUCAGUUUUUUUAGUUCUAUUGAUCAUUGCAAUUCUCUAUUGGAAGCUUAGAAGAAGAAAUGAACCAUCAGAGGAUGAGAUGCAUAUGAUCAACAAAGGAACAGUAGUAUCAAAGAAGUUGCAAUACACUUAUGCUGAGGUGUUGGACAUCACCAGCAACUUGGAAAUAGUCAUUGGAAGGGGAGGAUUUGGAAGUGUUUACAGUGGUCAGAUGAAAGAUGGCAAUAAAGUUGCAGUCAAGAUGCUUUCUGCAUCUUCAGCUCAAGGGCCAAAGGAAUUUCAAACUGAGGCUGAACUUUUGAUGACAGUUCAUCACAAAAAUUUGGUAUCCUUCAUUGGCUAUUGUGAUGAAGGUGACAAGAUGGCACUGAUAUAUGAGUUUAUGGCCAAUGGAAACCUAAAAGAAAAUCUCUCAGAAAAAAGUUCACAUUGCUUGAGUUGGGAAAGAAGACUUCAAAUAGCAAUUGAUGCUGCAGAGGGAUUGGACUACCUACACCAUGGAUGCAAGCCACCCAUAAUACACAGAGAUGUAAAAUCAGCCAACAUUCUUCUAAAUGAAGACUUAGAAGCUAAAAUAGCAGAUUUUGGACUCUCUAAGGUGUUUAAGAAUAGUGAUAUCCAAAAUGCGGAUUCUACAUUGAUUCAUGUUGAUGUGAGUGGCGAAAAAUCUGCAAUCAUGGGGACAAUGGGAUACCUUGAUCCAGAGUACUACAAAUUACAGACCUUGAAUGAAAAAAGUGACAUCUAUAGCUACGGAAUUGUUCUAUUGGAAUUAAUCACAGGUCUGCCAGCAGUGAUUAAAGGCAAGCCAUCAAAACACAUACUUGAGUUUGUAAGACCACGACUUAAUAAGGACGACUUGAGCAAAGUUAUAGAUCCAAGACUCGAAGGAAAAUUUGAUGUAAGUUCAGGAUGGAAAGUUUUAGGUUUAGCAAUUGCAUGUACUGCAUCAACCUCAAUCCAGAGACCGACAAUGAGUGUCGUGUUAGCUGAGCUGAAACAAUGUGUUAGAAUGGAGUCUCAUAGUGACAGGGAAAUAUUCGUGCCACCGAGAAAUAUAUACAGUGAAUUUUAUAGUUCAUCUGAUGCAUUUAACUCCGUAGAUAGUGAAUCUAUGACAUAUCCUGUCGCUAGGUAAUAGUGUACAUUGAGACACUCAGAAGUAUUCAUUUCAAUUUGUAAAUCUUAAUGAAACCAUAAGAUGAUAAAGAUACUUUACUACAAAUUUAUUUAAUUUUAUUAAAAGUAGUUCUCAUGUUUAGAACUUUUGCAAGAAAA